UAUGCCUCCCAUUGGCUAAUCAGCGCAAUAUUCAAAUUAACCGCCAACAAAGAUGGCAGCUAAUUUGCAUACUGCAGGCAGGGUGGGACAGCCAGGCAGCCAUCCAGGGCAGGCCCGGCCCGCCUUGCUGCCCCAGAAGCUGGCCUGCGACAUUCUGAGCCAGGGCCUGAGGGUCUGAGCAGGAUUGGGGCCAUCCAGUCUUGCCAUCUGGCACAGCAUAGAGGAUCUCCCCUGGAAAUCUGGAGAUUCCAGGCAGAGCACAUGCAGUGUGAGAGCUCACUGCAGGAGCGAAGACUCCACCCAUCAGAUAGACAACCGGGCUACAGGGGGCCCAGCUCCCCUAACCAUGGGUUUGCAACACACUCAACAAACAGCAACUGGCCUCGAGCAGAAGUGGGAAGGAUACACGCCAUCAGCCCUAGGCCUUGCUGUCCACCAGGACCAGUGAGUGUCCGGGCAGGGAAAGGAGGUGGCAUAGGCGCCAGGAACUAGCAACAGGUGUGAAGAAGGGCAAUUAGCUGAGUAAGCAGAGGAGUGACAGCCUCGAUCUGAUUGGAGAAGCCACCAAAAUACAUCAUCUUUGGAACAACAGUUCUGAAAAGAAGCUAUUUUCCAUCCUGGAUUUGAAGGAACUGGUGGAGAAGCAGGGAGCACGGUGACUGUCCGUGAGCGCGGAGGGGCGAGCUCGCAGCCGGAGGGCCCUGGCCAGAAGAGGCGCAGGAGCGGCGGAGCCUGAGCACUCCAGGGGGUCCGAGUCAUAAAGGGAGCACCCCCGCGGCCUAGCACGCCACCGCCCUCCCCAAUGUACUCGGCCGUCAAGAGGAAGAGCCUGGACCCGUCUGAGGAGCCCGUGGAUGAGGUGCUACAGAUUCCCCCAUCCCUGCUGACAUGUGGAGGCUGCCAGCAGAACAUCAGGGAUCGCUACUUUCUGAAGGCCAUUGACCAGUACUGGCACGAGGACUGUCUCAGCUGUGACCUCUGCGGGUGCCGGCUAGGCGAGGUGGGGCGGCGCCUCUACUACAAGUUGGGCCACAAGCUCUGCCGGAGGGACUAUUUCGGGCUUUUUGGCCAAGAUGGUCUCUGCGCCUCCUGUGACAAGUGGAUCCGUGCCUAUGAGAUGACGAUGUGGGUGAAAGACAAGGUGUAUCACCUGGAGUCUUUCAAAUGUGCCGCCUGCCAGAAGCAUUUCUGCAUUGGCGACAGAUACUUGCUCAUCAACUCUGACAUAGUGUGCGAGCAGGACAUCUACGAGUGGAUUAAGAUCAAUGGCAUGAUCUAGGCAUCUCUGGGAGGUGCUCCACCAAAGUCACUGUCUCCAGGGGGUCUUCACUCUUAGGUACUUUGGGGAUUCGAGGGUGGGAUGAGGCAUUUCUUAGUGGGUGGUAGACCCUAACUGGGCACAAGACACAACAUCUAAGUGACAUAAUGCAAAAAAUGAUACCUAAAUGUGACAAAAUGACCGGCCUUUAGGGAGGAUGUAUGGACCGUAGCCACAACCUACCCAUAAUUACUGACAUGAUUAGUGAAGGCAAGGAGUGUGCGGGGAGGGGACAGCAUUUGGGCCAUUAUAACGGAACUUUACAUCUACAGAUAGGGAGUUGUGGAAAGACGCGUUAUGACUUUGACCCUUGGCAACUAGAAAUGUGCAAUUGAUUUCUUUACUUCCUGGCUUCCAUGACAACCCUGUUCCAAUCACUGUCCUCCACACACAAGAAGGAUAGGAGAGCAGCUACCCUUUUUCCCCCGGCCACUUUCCCAAGGCCUUAAGCUUUGGACCCAAGGGAAGUAGCAGAGAGACACAUUUCAGUUGAAAAUGGGAACUGCAACUCUUAACCACACACUUAUUUAAAGCGACACUGAUGAAUCCCUGUUUUUAGAUACCUUAGUUUUGAGGUGAGGAGUUCCACAGAUUGUUUCUAUACAAAUGUAAAUCU